AUGAAAAAAGGUUUUAAAGUGACCGAUAAGAAAAGGAGUAAAUUAAUCGGUGUGGGUUGCGAUUCGUUAAGCGAACUCGUCGAAAAAGGUCGUAAGAAAUUAUCGAUAGCAGAAGACGUUGUCGUCGCAUUAAACGAUGGAACCAUCGUGGAUGACGAUGAUUAUUUUUUAAAUUUACCACCUCAAACGAUUUUAAUAUUUUAUAGGAAAAAUGAAAAUAUAUUGACGGGUGUUGAUUUUUUAUUGAAUGCCCUACGCGAAGUCAACAAUUAUUUUCUCGACGCGGGAACGAAAGCCAAAGAAUUACUGUCGGAUAAAUCGGGAGAAAUGAUUGAAUUGUUGGAAAAAUACGAAGGAAGGGGGUUGGUUGAAAUGGACGGGGUUGAAAAAAACACGAGAGAGGAACAUCCGGAUUGGUUCAAGGGUUUGGAAACGAAUUCGAAAACUAAAAACGAAUACAUGUAUAAAAAAUCACAGGAUAGAAUUCGAGGUUAUUUGUAUAAAUUUCGUGAGGACGUUAGAAAAAACGAUCGUUACGUAACGGACGGUGAUUUUCGAAAAAAAAUCGAAUCUUGUUUGAAUUUUUUUAAAUGUAAAUUAAAAACGGACGGGUAUUACGGGUGUUAUUUCGAUAGAACGUUUGCCGAAUCGACAUCCGAUUACGAAAAGAUCGAUUCGCCGGAAAUGAAAAGGAAAAAAUCAAAAUCAAAUCGGAAAAACGAAAUCGCGAUAAAGGAAAAUAUGAACGAAGGAGUGAAUAAAUUAUUAUUUAAUUUUAAAAAUGAUGAUGAAAACGAAUUGAAAAUAAGUUAUUGCGAUCGUUUUGGAAAUUUCCAGUGUCAAGGUCACUGGAACGAAAACAAAUGCAAUUUCGAUAAAGGUCAUCGUAUCAAUCCGUAUGCGAGCAGAGAAACGAGAAUAUUAUUUUCCACGUGGAAUUUCGAUCACAGGUUGGUAGCUUAA